UCUCCCCUUCACCAGAACAAAUUCAGUUUUCCUAUUCGAUCGGUAGCCAUCUAAUUUAUGGACCAUCUUGUUUUCUUUUUAUUUUGAUUAGCUGUACAUCAUUGCAUGUCAUUGCCCUGAGGCUGCUUUCGGGUCAGAGGGGACUUUGUUGAUAGAAAUGGUUACGUAUAAGAUUUCAAUGGAUACCUGAAUCUCGUAAAAAAACGUUUAAGUUCGUGUGUAUCUUGAUAUGGCAAGGAGAAAAUAAAUAUGAGAUACGACAAAAAUAAUUCAAUUUGAAAUACCAGCUGGCUAUAGUUUAUACCGUAAUUCGUGGCGUGAUAAACAACAAGGAAGAUUCGGUACAUAUAAAAGCGAGCGCCAAGUAACGUUUGAGAUCUGAUUCCGGGCCAAACCAUUCCGCAGACAACAAUCGUGAGAGCUCAUGGUUUAUUCGGCAGUUUGUUUUCGGCCGAUCGAAAUGAUUAUACUUCAUCUUGCGAUAACGCUUUAAAUUAUCUUGACCUACUUGAGCUCCUUCACAGGUAUUGUAGCUCUUUAAUCAUUCAAAACUUGUUUUCUCUUGAUUUUGAUUAUUACACUGAACAUUAUUUCCCUGAGGCUGCUUUCGGUUCAAAGGAGACUUAGCUAUUAGAAAUGGCUGUGUGUAAGAUUUCAAUAGACGACUGAAUUUUAUGAAAUACCUCUAAGUUCCUGUGUAUUACGACAAGGAAAGGAGAAAAAAAUUAGACAAAAGAAUAAUGUUUCAAUUUGAAAUACCAGUUGGCUUAUAUUUUUACAAUGAUUCAUGGCAUGACGCGUAACAAAUACUAACAAGGAAGAGUCGGUGCAUAUAAAAGCGAGCGCCACGUAAUGUUUGCGGCAGACUCCAAACCAUUCGACAGACAUCAGUUCCGAGAGCUCGUGGUUUAUUCAGCAGUCUUUUUCAGGCGAUCGAAAUGAUCAUACUUCAUCUUGCGAUAACGCUUUAUAUCACCUUGACCAGCUACAGCUCCUUCACAGCUUCGAGCGGUUUAGGCUGCAGUCAUCCCAGAGAUCCGUAUAGUCCUGCGCUCCAAGUGGAUCUGAGGAAAAAUAAAGUCUACGGUAAUGACACCAAUAUCGUUUGGGUGGACCAUUUGAAGGCAAAGCGAGGAGUUUGUGCUAACCAAGGUAAGCUUCGCAUAAGGUUUGACCCAAGAGGAAAAGUAACAAGGUGCCCCAAAUGGACUGCCAGAAUUGACUUGUGGUUUGCACGUAAAGUGACAAGAUUCUCCUUUGAUAUUGGCGAUUCACCCACCGUCAAUGGAUGGGGUGGCGACGCGGGAACAACAACUAAAGGUGCAGAGGUACAUGGUCACGGUAAAAACUUUUAUAUAUUUACCAACGAUUUUCCUGGUCGCCAGGGCUACGCCAUUAAUGGUCAUUUGACGGUUGAAUCAAAACCAAAUGUCAUUGGCGAUCACAUGACGAUUUACAUCAGCCAUGAGCGUGUGGAAGUGACCAAUUACCGCGGCUACCAAGCCGUGUACGACAGCAGAUACCUGUUUCAACUGAGUGGACGGCUCGUUGCAACACCCCCCUCUACCGCGACUGACAUAUGGCUGAGCAUGAACCGUGUCAUACACGGUACAUACAGGCGUGGGACCGGUCUCUGUAGGGUGGCCAUCUCCUGGGUCGACCAAGCCUGUUGCAGCACGCAAGCUCAUUGGAAGGGAGUAAAUAAAGCUUCUCUCUGAGCUUGAGUUAACCAAUAGAAUGUAACAAUGCUGCAUAGUAGAAUAAAGUUGUGCAUUGCAGUG